CUGCUGCACCCUAUCAUCAAAUCAAUUAAAUGAAAUUACCAUGAUCUGUUCAGCGAAGAAGAAAACCAUUGUGUUGAUGGCACACAAAGAUCAGACAGGUACAGUUAAUUAACUGCUUUUAGGAAGUAGAUAUGUCCUAGAACAUGGGCCUUCCUCUUUCUUUUAGAGGUGUGAGUAAGAGGAAAGGAAGUGGGAACAUCUGUAGCAGAAAAUCAGAAGUCAGGUGAGAAUAAAGACACUGAAGGGAGUCAACAGUUGAUGGUCAUUACCAACAGCUAAGCUGAGCUGAACGGAGGGUGUUGCUGACAGUCCUCCCGGCUACCAUGACACUGAAUCAGAGACUGAUUCUGCUCCUGCUUUUGGGGCUCACUGUCACUUCAGGAGCAGAUGCUUCUCUUUGCAUUUCAAGUGAGGAUUUGACUCGUUGUGUGUGCAAUGUUAUGGUUAUCCACUACCCACAAAGCCUUCUGAAUUGUUUCAAUGCUGUAGAGCUGGAGCUGAGAGAUGGCAAACUGGAUGUAUCUGAGAUGGAUCUAAAUUUGGAUCCGACUAUUUUCCAGUUCAUCCAGAUAGAUAAGCUCAUUUUUAAUAACGUCAGAAUUUCCUCGUCAUUCAUCAGUGCAGUCCUCCCGUUUCUGUCCCUGUUAAAUCUGAAGACAAUCAGCAUAAUUUCAUCCACUGUGGAAGUUGUCCAGCCUUCCGGGCAUCCAGAGUUUCUGGAAGCAUCUACAGUUAAAGCCCUUGUGCUGGAGGAUGUGACAGUGGACCCCUCUCUCCUCCAGCCCUCCUUCCAGAAGCUCCACCGCUGGUUGUUUGGCUCCCUAAAAUCUCUUGUUCUUGUUCGUUCUGGCCUGGUAGAGAUUGACUGCAGCUGGGCUCACAAAGUAGAAAACCUGGCUCACCUGGAUCUGUCAGAGAAUCCCCUCUCUUUCACCAGCCUGCAGAAAAUCCUAACUUGCCCCUCUCUUUCAUUCAAGUACCUGAAAUCUCUUCAUCUGAGAUACAGCAACCUCAGCUCCCUCCUGUCUCUCUGCACACUCUUGAGUCUCACCCCUGCCCUCACCGAACUUGAUGUCAGCGGCAACAAUUUCUCAAUCAUCGACUUUUCACGCUGCCCCCAGGUGAACCUGCUCAGGAUGCUCAACCUCUCCCACUCAAGGGUCACAGAGGUUCACUCACUACUCUUUACAUCUCUGGAAGAACUGGAUCUGAGUUAUAAUUCUCUGGAGACAUUCAGUAGCCCACCACAGACCCUGAGAAAGCUAAAUUUGUCUAAUAACCGUCACAUACGUCUCCACUCUCUGCAUAAUCUGUCUCAUCUCCAGGAGCUAAAGGUGGACAGUAACCAGCUUGCCAUCUUGAUAAAAGACACAGGUGCCAAUUUGAGCACACUGGAGCAGCUUGAGCUUCUCUACGGAGGGAAAAGUCCUUAUCAGUGUGACUGUGCCCGAAAAGAGGUCAUCGUCUCCCUGGACAACGCAGACACUGUGUUUGUGGAGGACUUCCCAGAAGAGUGUCUGUGUGCCAGUCCAGUGCUUCAACAGAUAACCACUCAGAAAACCACUCAAAUAACCACUCAGAUAAAGGAUUUGUCUCUUGAAAUGCACGUGACACCGACUGCUGGGACACGCCGCCACAGCUCUCCUCUCUGUCUGACACUCUUUAUGGGUUUGUUGUCACACCUGGUUAUUUUUGCUGAUGUUUGCUGCAAACGGCAUCUUUGUUAGUUUGAUUGUACAUGUAUACGGAUAAUUAUGUAUACAGGGAGGCUGUGUGUUGUUACGUCACCUGUGUUCUCCUAAAUGCCCGAGACAAAUUUCUCUUAAGGGAGACAAUAAAGGCUAAAGGCUCUUACUUUAAUCUUAUCUUGUUUUAGUACCACUUUCUAAUAAGACACCCUUUAUAAAGGGUUUAAACGAAUGCCUUUAUUAUUUGUUAAUACAUUAUUUACUAAAACAUACAGAUCAGUUACAUGCCAUUAAAAAGAACAACUUUUGGGUUGCUAAGUUGUAAAAAAAAAUCCCUUUUGCUGAUUGGACUGUAUAUAUGGGCUUAUUAUGAGACAGUGGGCCCCUGGGCACAGAUAUGCAAAGGGGCCUCACCACCUCUCGUACAUAGGAUCAAGACACACAGAA